UCUCGUGCAAUUCGUGGGCUUACCCGCCACGCAAUCACAUUCCGAGGUCAGACUUCCCCUCUUUUUCCUCUCUUUCAUUCUCUUCUGAAUUUUCAACUUCCAGAUUUUUUUAAUUUUUAAUAAAACCCUUGAUUCUCUCCCAAUUUUCCUCCUCAAUUUUCUCUCUCCUCCAUUGUUGAUCACAAAUCCACCUUCAUUUUCCGAUGAUUUUAGGGCUUAUACCAUCAUCCAAUUGAUGCAACCCUAGCUCAUAAUUCAGUAACAAUUUGGGGAAAAAUUGAUUGAAUUUUCUGUAAAAUGGAUCCUGAACAAACGUUUAUUAGGGUUCAGGAGAGGUUUUCGCAGAUGAUUACGCUUAGAAUUCGAACUGCUCUUGAGUACUUUUAUCUCUUCUCUGCUAUUACUUUGUUCGCUAUCCUUGUUGUUAUGCACGCUAAUUUUGUUCAGCAGCCGGGCUGUUCCAGUGAACUCUCUGGAGUGCAAACAACAGAAGCACAGCUUAUUUUCGUCAAGAUUACUGGAAUUGGCCUGCUAAUUCAAAAAGAUUCUGAACCGAAUUUUGAAGAUAUAUCUCCUGGAAGAAUUCUUAUUGAUGAACCUAGACCUAGAGAGCCAGAUGCCCAUGACGACGAGUUUAACUUGUUUGCCGUGAACUACUGGUUUGGUUGGAUUACUUCUGGUGCUAGGAGGGGAAAAUUGAACUUCAAGUUUUGGAAAAAUUAUUAUGAAUACUCUGAAACACAGCCAGAAACUAUCGUUGAUGGGAGGGGCUCAAAGUUAGCUGCCAAUGAUGGUAGAGUUGAAAGAGAGGAGCCAUCUGAGACCUUUUCCAUGUUUUCAAAACAAUCUGCAAGAGCAGUCAUCUUACACUUUUUCAGAAAGUGGCACAGACGUCUAACAUUUAUCUGGAAACAUGGGACACGUUUGUUGGGAACUCUUUGGAACGUUGCAGGUAUUCGCCUGAAUCUUGACAUUCCUAAGUGGCUGCGUAUUUUGCACUUGGAUAGGCUCAAUUUGUUUGCAGUUCUUGAGCAAUUAGCUGCCAAAGUUAGACUUCAAAAGGCGAAAAUGACGCAUGAAAUGUGGCUUGAGAGGAAAAUCAAAGCAUUUGAACCGUCAUAUCUCUAUACUAUGGAAAAGGGGUAUUUCUUGCUUCCUGAAGAAGCUAAAUCUCGUCAUAACAUUCGGACUGCUAACAUAAGCAUAUCUGCUCGGCAUCCCUGCUUUGGUAACAGGUGGCAACAACUUCUCAUAAAUAGAGUGGUGGGGUAUGACACUAUUCUGAUGAACAGUUUGCUAGAUGCUCCUGGACAAGGAUACCUAUAUAACUAUCAGACAAAGGAGUUUUAUAACCUCAGUUAUGCCCAUGAGCCGUCAAAAAGCUCUGCUACUUUUGGAGAUUAUCUGGUGACUAAGUGUGGGGUGCUUAUGAUGUCACUCUUUGUUUUCUUCACGACGACCAUGUCAGUUUCAUUUACAUUGAGAGAGACACAAACUCGCAUGCUCAAAUUUACAGUGCAGCUUCAACACCAUGCGCGUCAUCGACUUCCAACAUUCCAGCUGAUAUUUGUUCAUGUCAUUGAAUCGCUUGUCUUUGUGCCUAUCAUGAUAGGCAUCCUAUUUUUUCUGUUUGAAUUUUAUGAUGACCAAUUACUGGCUUUCAUGGUGUUGAUAUUGGUAUGGCUGUGCGAGCUUUUUACCCUUAUUAGUGUUCGUACGCCAAUAUCAAUGAAGUUCUUUCCACGCUUUUUCUUACUCUAUUUCUUGGUGUUCCACAUUUACUUCUUCUCGUAUGCAUAUGGUUUUUCGUACUUGGCCUUAUCUACUACUGCAGCAUUUAUGAUGCACCUUAUCCUGUAUUUCUGGAACAGAUUUGAGGUCCCUGCUUUACAACGGUUUUUGCAAAGUCGUCGUUCACACAUGCAGCAGCACCCAGAUUUCCACAUAACCUCCUCGACUAUACUUGCCUCUACACUGCACAUCACCCGGUUGAAUACAAGAAACCCUGGCCCAGCCAAUACGGAGGAUGCUUCAGGUCCUGGGGUCUCAGUGCUUAGGCCUGGUGGUAAUGUUCCAAUGCCACACCAUGCGCAGGCUGCAGUUCCCGGGCUUCAAGAACAAUUGGGAAAUGCAAUUCAGCAAAAUGAAAAUAUAGGGGAAGAACCUCUUCCAAUCCCUGAACAUGAACUUCGGCAACCAGAAGCUGGUCAAAACCCGGGAAAUAUGAAUUCCUUUAGCUCUUUGUUGCUAUGGAUUCUUGGAGGAGCACCUUCUGAAAGCCUCAACUCCUUUUUUUCCAUGUUUAGAGAUAUGAGGGAUCAAACCCAAUUUUAUACAGAUUCUUCUAGACCAGAAAGUGAUAAUGCCGAAAAUCCUCAAUAGUGGUGAAGCAGAAGCAGGUGAAGGUAAAAUUGGCAAUUGGUGAAUACUGUCAUAUUUUGAGCUAUAUCAAGAUAUCGAUCAUGUUUACAGAAGCAGAAAAGCUUCCACGGAUGUCGGUUUCAAAUGUAAAUGAGUAGAAAAUGAAAGGGAAUAGGCAAGAAGAAGCUAUGUUUCAUGUACGCUGAGAUCGUGGUAAAUUUGUCUUAGUGAGGAAAUUUUGCCAUGAGCAGAGGGGUUUUGUAAGAAAUAGUUCCUCUCUGGUCUCAGGAUCUUUCUGUAACUAUUGCUGUAAAAAGACGGUUUCUAUUGUGAUGCAAUAUUAUAAAUAUAAGUCAUUAUAGAUUAAUAUCAGAAUAUGGUCACUUGUUCCUUUCAAAAGAAAAA